CCAUGCAAAGAACAAAAAGCAAGUUGAUACCGCACGAACUGCGGCCAGCAAAUACAGCUCAAAGCACAAUCGAACAAAACCGCUUGACGACUGAGCUAAAAAAGCUAGAGAAAGACAAAAACGUAAGCAUUAGCCAACUGAAUGCAAGUCAAGCUGUACUCCAAAAGAGCCUCCGGGCGAUGGUCACUGGAGGUCAGCAGUCGGCCCAGGAUACGGGAGACUCCUCUCAAACCGGGCCCAGUCCCGCUCCCAGCGUUCUGAACCCCAAUAUCGGACCAUCGCACCUCCGCGUGACAGAAUCGACACCGCGGUCGGGCAGCCGCGUCAACGUCAUCAUGGCGGACCCGGACGUGCUGGCGACUCACUCCACCAAGUCCUUCAACGGCCAGAUCAUCGGUGGCCAGGCGCAGUUGGUGCGCAAGCUGGAAUCGAACCGGAGUAUGCGCAUCUCACAGAGUUCGGUCGGUUCCAGUGUCACACAAAUGAGCCGGUCCUCAAUGGGUAUGAUCAUGGACGGCUCGAUGUACAAUGUCCCGGAGAAAGGUGCCACUACUGGCGUCAGUUUCACCGAGGAAGAUGUUGAGCAGGGCAUCCGUGAACACCACACAGAGGAUGCGCAACCGCCGGCGCCCUCGGAGGCCUCUCACCAGAGCCAGAGCGGCGUGACGACCUCUCUGGUGUCGGAGGUCCUCCUGCCGGCCAAGGAGAUGGAGAUGAGUCUGACAUCCACCGUCAACGCGGGCGGAGCAGAGGCCGACACGGACGCGGCGGCGCCGUCCGACCACGAGGGGCCGCAGCUGGCCGUGCCGGAUAUGCCGUCCGUGCCGCACACUGAGGUGUCCUCUCCCGAGCCGGGCCUCAAGGUGAUCGAGUCGCCCUCGAGCCGCUCCAUGCCCGCCAGUCGGCCGGACUCGUCGCCCAGGGAGCCCGCUCUCAGCAGGGCCUCACCGACCUCCGUGGCACCCCCGUCUAUCGCUCCCUCACCUCCGGUUCUGCCCACCACAAUCUCCCAGCAGGCUUACACGCGAGCCGUGGAGCGGGCCUUCGCCAACAAGUGCCUCAAGCAUUCUAAGUUUGUUACAGAUCUUGAGAUGAAUGAGUUUGUGACGAAGUACCUGCUUAUUGAACAGCAAAAUGAGAACUUUAGAAGGGCGAAUGAGUUCGUCUAUCAAAUAGUUGAUACCCAGAUGGAGCUGCAGUGAAUGGUGAAUCUUAUCCGAUAGCUACUCUUAGCUACUACUUUUCCUUUUCUGGCUUUUGCUUGACCUAAGAUUAUUUAAACUAAUAAAAUAAUACUAAUCACUUUUGACCUCUCGCACGAAUAUUCCAUGCCUGUUCAUUAUAGGCGUAGUAGUAUUGUAGUAUACUUUAUCUGUAGUAUACCCUACGCAAUAUGGUAGCAAUAUUUUACGCGGCGCUAGUGGCGCAUACUGCGGCGAUAGCGCAGUUGACGUGCAUUUGCACGACCAACGCCCUUGUAGAUUCGCGGUCCCCGCUCGGCGAAACUCGUUUGGCUAGGGCGAAUUUUAGAUAAAAACGGGAAACGGAAUAGUGUUAAUACUUCUGUGUGGCUUUGCGAAUACUCGUCUGGAUUUGUGCAGUGUCUGGAUAUCUCAUUUCCCUUCAGGGACGUUGAAAGCUGGCGAACAGUGACGGUUCACCGAUCGAUAAUCCCUCGACCCUUCGUGAGUCGUGAAAGUGGCUUCGCAGAAAGCAUUGAAUAUAAGUGUUUAGCGUGAAAGUGUUAAAAAUGGCUGAUGAAAAGGAAUCUGGAUCUAGUCCUGCUGAAGACAGUAUUAAAGUGGUAUGUCGUUUUCGUCCUCUGAACACUUCCGAAGAAAAGGCUGGAUCAAAGUUUAUUGUGAAGUUCCCUUCACAAGCAGGAUCAGAUGACAAUGCAUGCUCAAUUGGGGGAAAGCUGUACAUGUUCGAUAAAGUCAUAAAGCCCAACGCCACACAAGAAAAAGUCUACAAUGAUGCGGCACGCACCAUUGUCAAAGAUGUCCUCAUGGGUUACAACGGCACCAUCUUCGCGUACGGCCAGACCUCCUCUGGCAAGACGCACACAAUGGAGGGUGUGCUGGGCCGGCCGGACCUUCAGGGUAUCAUCCCUCGGAUUAUCGCCGACAUCUUCAACCACAUCUACGGCAUGGAGGAGAACCUCGAGUUCCACAUCAAAAUCAGCUACUUCGAGAUCUACAUGGACAAAAUCAGGGAUCUGCUGGACGUUUCCAAGGUGAACCUGGCCGUACACGAGGACAAGAACCGCGUGCCGUUCGUCAAAGGCGCCACUGAACGGUUUGUCUCCAGUCCCGAGGAGGUGUUUGAAGUCAUCGAGGAGGGCAAAGCCAACCGGCAUAUAGCCGUCACGAACAUGAACGAGCACAGCUCACGUAGUCACAGCGUGUUCCUGAUCAACGUCAAACAGGAAAACCUCGAGAACGACAAGAAACUCUCCGGAAAACUGUACCUGGUCGAUCUUGCUGGCAGUGAGAAGGUCAGCAAGACUGGCGCCGAGGGUACCGUGUUGGACGAAGCGAAGAACAUCAACAAGUCGCUCUCUGCUCUGGGCAACGUGAUAUCGGCUCUGGCAGACGGCAACAAAUCUCACAUCCCGUACCGUGACUCGAAGCUGACCAGGAUCCUCCAGGAGUCGCUCGGAGGUAACGCGCGGACCACCAUCAUCAUCUGCUGCUCGCCGGCGUCCUUCAACGAGGCCGAGACCAAGUCGACACUCGACUUUGGCCGCAGAGCGAAGACGGUGAAGAACACGGUAACGGUCAACGAGGAGCUGACCGCCGAGGAAUGGAAGCGCCGCUACGAGCGCGAGCGGGACAAGAACGGCCGGCUGCGGGGCCAGAUCGAGCGGCUGGAGGAGGAGCUCAGAAAGUGGCGCGCUGGAGACACCGUCGGAAAGGACGAACAGGUCAACCUGGCAGACGUCAUGGAUGUCUCCGUCUCCGCACCGGCGGCCAGCACCGGCGCUCCGGCAGCCCCCGCCGCUCUGCCGAUGGUGGCCUCGACUGCCAGCCUCUCCGGCGACGAGCGUCUCAAAUGGGAGACCGAGGUGGCCAAGCUGUACGGCCAGCUGGACGAGAAGGAUGACGAGAUCAACCAGCAGAGCCAGCUGGUGGAGAAGCUGAAGGAACAGAUGCUCGAACAGGAGGAGCUGAUCGCCUCGACGCGGCGCGACUACGAGCAGGUGCAGGUGGAGAUGAACCGCAUCCAGCAGGAGAACGAGUCGGCCAAGGAUGAGGUGAAGGAGGUGCUGCAGGCGCUCGAGGAGCUGGCCGUCAACUACGACCAGAAGAGCCAGGAUCUGGAGGCCAGGAGCAAGGAGAACGACACCAUCACGCAGGAGCUGUCACAGAAACAGUCCCUGCUGAACACCACCGAGUCUGAGCUGCAGCAGCUGCGCGACACGCACAACCACCUGAAGAAGCGCGCCAGCGAGAUGCUCACCAACCUGCUGAAGGACCUGGGCGAGGUCGGAGUCGCCGUCGGAGGAUCCGCUGCAGAUAUGAAGCUGGCGGCGGACGGUAGCGGUAAGAUGGAGGAGGAGUUCACCGUGGCGCGACUCUACAUCUCCAAAAUGAAGUCCGAGAUCAAAAACCUGGUCACUCGCUGUCACACGUUCGAGACCUCACAGAACGACUCCAACAAAAAGAUGGAGGAGGCUGAGCGGGAACUGAGCGAGAGCCGACUGCUCAUUCAGACCCACGAGGCGAAAAUUAAGUCGCUGCAGGAGUCUGUGCGCGACUCGGAGGCCAAGAAACGUCAGCUGGAGGAGUCGCUGGAUGCGAUUAACGAGGAGGUGGCCAGCCUGCGUGCGGCAGAACAAAUGGCCUCGCUGUCGUCGGCGGCGCAGAAGGAUGCCGAGGACGCGCGUCAGAUCCGCGCGCACCUGGAGGAGCAGAUCGAACAUCACCGCGAGACGCACCAGAAGCAGGUGUCGGACCUGCGCGACGAGAUCGCCGCCAAACAGACCUUCAUCGACCAGCUCAAGGAUCUGAACCAGAAGAUGGCACUACAGCAGGACCAGCUGCGAGCGGAGCACGACAAACUGCGCGCGGACAACGAGGACAAGUCGCAGCGCCUCCACCAGCUGCUGCAGCAGGCUGACCGGCGCGAGCAGGCGCGCGAGGACCUCAAGGGACUGGAGGAGACGGUGGCCAAAGAGCUGCAGACGCUGCACAACCUGCGCAAACUGUUCGUCCAGGACCUGCAGAACCGAUUCAAGAAGUCGGCUCUGGGUGAGGAGACGGACGACGUGGGUGGCUCGCUGGCCCAGAAGCAGAAGAUCUCCUUCCUGGAGAAUAACCUCGACCAGCUGACCAAGGUGCACAAGCAGCUGGUGCGCGACAACGCCGACCUGCGCUGCGAGCUGCCCAAGCUGGAGAAGCGGCUCCGAGCCACCAUGGAGCGGGUCAAGGCGCUGGAGACGGCGCUGAAGGAGGCCAAGGAGGGCGCCAUGCGCGACCGCAAGCGCUACCAGUACGAGGUGGACCGGAUCAAGGAGGCGGUGCGCCAGAAGAACCUGGCGCGUCGCGGCCACGCCGCCCAGAUCGCCAAGCCGAUCCGCGCCGGCCAGCCGCACCCGGCUCCGGUGAUCCGGCCCGGCCAGCCGCAGGGCGGGUUCAGCAGCCGGCCCGCGUCGGCCGCCGACGCCGACAUCGCCGCCGUGAAGGCCCGGCAGAAGAAGGCGGCCAACAACCGCGACGACUAAGCUGUGUGCUCGGGCGAGGAUGUGCUCGGCUGCUUCAGUCUUGGCGCAGCGGUGUCCGCGGCUCCGCGUGCUGCUCGCUUCGCUUGGCGUCUCCGCCGGUCCCGUGACGAACAGUGCACUGCGCUUCCCGCCGGAUGGCAGCUGACCGCCACGGUCGGUGUGGGGGAGAGUUCGGGCCCCGGCGGCCGGUGUGAGGAGUCCUGGAUCCCUGCCGGCUGGUGUGGGGAGUCCUGGGCCCCGCUGGUCGGUGUGGGGAGUCCGGACCCCGCCGGCUGCUGUAUGGAGUCCCGGGCCCCGCCGGCCGGCGCGCGGCGUGAUGGCCGGGCUAUGUGACGUGCACGGCGGUGUGACCAGCCGGCGAGUGGAGUGCCGACCGAUGUGAUGACAGGAAAGGUGACGACGUUUGGGCGUGGGCCACACAGUGGGUGCACAUCAGUGGCCCGUUUUCAUCUGAUCUUUUUAGUGCCGGCGCCGCGCGCUGCGUCCCCGUGGCGACCCGCUCGGACGGGGAAGCGGCCGCCGGCGCCGCGCCACCGCUGAUCGAACGCAGGUCUACUCUGUUGCGUUGUAUGUACGACCUAUUUUAAGUAGUAGUCAAUUAAUUGGUGCAUGUUUAAUUUAUGGUUGUGCCUUUGUUGGGUGGAUGCUGGGCGUGGGUUUUACGGGCCACGCGAAACUCGACCGAAGAAAUAGUCUGUCGUCGGCUGGGUCUGUCAGCCGACAGCGGACGGCGGUGAAGCCCGCGCAGAGACGGCGGCGCAGCGCCUCUUCUCGUCACCGGUCUCCCGGUGCGCAGAGGCGGCCGGACACGGACGGCACACAGACGGCUGGCGGUGCUUUUAUUUAUUUGCCGGCGCGCCGGACCCCGGGCGCCGGCCGUCCGCUCCUCCUGUGUUGCUGCGGCGCCGACCGCUCCUGUUUUGGGUUUGUAUGUCUCGGGGAGUGUGCGAGUGAAUCGCGCGGGGUGAGAGUGAGGGUGUGAUGGAGGCCGGCCGCACACGGCGCGGCUGUUUCCGGGGCUUAGGUGCACGUAGGCGACCUGACACACACCGGCGCUGUAAAGGUUUCUGCUUUAAGGCACGCGAGUGUGAUAUGUGGGCGGAGGGAGGGCCGGCCGGGCCGCCAGCGCCGGGUCGGCAGUCAGGGGCUGUCUCUGUGACCGACCGCGUGCACUGACGGCUUUAUUUAGAUGAUGUUACUUUCAAUUAUGGUAAUAAAUUAUAUUAUCGA